AUGAUUGACUGUACAGAGAUUGUUCCAACAUGCGGCGGUCAAUCACUUAAAUCUAUAAUUUUCACUGUCACCUCCCUUGCUGUCUCCGGCUGUGCCUUACCAAAUUUAAAUCCGCCAUUACCUACUCACGAGGCUACUGAUGCCACUCGGGUCUCCAAUGACACCCAUAGAAAACCAAUUGUGAUAAAUACUGAUAGUGGCACAAACAAUCAAGUAUCUAUUUACACCAGAGAUGAGGAACCUCCAUACGCCGUUCUUCUAGUGCAGUCCUUACCCUCUUCUUACACAAUCACGCUCCCUAUCUCUACCUGUCCUAGUAUCACUGAGAAUACGGAUCUUAGCGCCAAAGAGAACCCCAUUUGCCCUGAUGGCCAAAAACCUUACACCCUGCUCUUCGACACAGCUUAUUGUGUCGGUCAACCUUGGCAUACAUUGGAAGGAGUGAAUCAAAUGCUUAACGGGGGUAUGUGGAUACCCACUGAGCCCACAAGAUGGGUUGAGAAAUGGUCCAUUAUGUACAAAUGUGCUCGCAUCAAAAGAGACAUGCUACAUAGCCUCGCAGAGACAAAGGGUGUUCAAACUCUGGACGCUCGCCGCAUUCGAACUAUCGUGUAUCCUAUUAUCAACGGUAAUGAAGUGGGUCUCACUUGGAAUCCUCCACCGGCAGGUAUUCUUGGUCCGCAAGUAGGCAAGCUUCCCGAGGGGUUCUGUCUUUGGUCCUCUUCUCCGGAAUAUGCUAAUGUUACCCGUCUCAUGCGUCCACUUAAAUGUCCUGUACGUCAAAAGCCAUACAUGCACCUUUUCACUCAACAUGAAUGUCGUGGUAACUAUGUUCUCUCUGAUAGUUUUGGAUGGAAUGCUACGCUGUUUGAUGAGGUCGUGGAGGAGUGGUCGAUUUUGUUUACAUGCUCCGACUAUGAGUACGCAGCAGGAGAUAGAGAACCGGCGAUUGAGAAAAUGCAAGAAUUGAAAUUUGGGGACGCAGAAGAAGAAGUAGCCGCCAUACAAUCACUCCUCACAAAAGUUAAACUCCCCGCAGCACAUCAAAUAUCUGCUACUCCUUAA